GCACGGCUUGCGAGGAAGCGUGCUGAUCCUGGCCCGCAGUGUGAAAUGUACCCCGGCACCGUGUUUCACCUGCGCGGCUUCGGUGUUUAAGGUCAAAAUAUUGCCGAAAAUAUGAACUGUUCAAAAAUACAACGCCACAGCUUACAAAAUAAAAGCUUCUCCUUCAUAUUCAACACUCGGUAUUGACAGCAUUGUAUCUUAGGGUAAACAGCAGAAUGCCACCAAAAAGUAUCGCAUCAGCCCAUUUUUACUAUAAAGGUGAAGUCAGCUUUAUUGUAUUGUAGUUUUGUUUAUUUUGUUGAUUGUGGCUAUAUAGUAUCACCACGGCUACUCAUUACUGCAAGUACUACUUGUAAGUUUAUUACGUGUACACCCUUAAUUACAACGGCAAUACCAGCAACAGUGGCUAUAAAACACAAUGGCACGUAAAAUAAUGAAACAGGUUCGUAAAAAAUGCAAAGUAUUUGCAUGGCCGGGAAAGGCGAGCACGUCCCACAUGUGCGGUGAGUGUCGCUCUCCCUUUGUCGGAUCGCUCAGUUACAAGGAAAAAACAAGACAAUUAAAAAGAUUGACAGGUAGGUUUGACUGUCAGGGUGACGCUCGUAGCGAGGGGUGGAGUAAACGUGAAGCAGGGGGACCGACUCGAUGCGUCUGUCUAUCAGUUGAGGCUGUCUGAGGCGCUCCUGCAACCCUGAAUGUGCGCUGCAUUUUUCACGGAGGAAGACCCGAAGCCCGAUCCGGUCCGAUCCGCUCCCCGGAGUUUCAAAUAAGACCAAUUAGUCCAAGUCCGUCCCUGCGUGCGAGUGGACGUGCGCUUUUCAUCCGGACCCCCUUUAACUGCGGGCUCCGCACUACAUCAAGUGGCCGCAUGUACCUGGAGCAGGGGGUCGGGGGGCUCUCGGCGUCAUUUUUUAUCAGUGUCGAUACAAUGUAAAGCCAAGGCGAGUGUGUGAUCCGAAGGACCGAAGGUGCUCACCGGCGGAGAGGCUGUCUGAUCUCGGAGUGACUGACUGACUGCCGUUCACCCUCUCAUGCCCGUCUCUGCUUUCCCUGCCUUUCCCAGAUCGCAGAGCUUUAACUUGGGAAGAGCGCUAAGGCGGAAAUACAAUGUAAAACAUUGUUUCUCAUGUGGGAGUUGUUGAUGUUUUUUAAUUGUUAUUGUUACUAUUAUUAUUUUUAAAAACAGCUAUCUCUUUCUUUCCCGGAAAGAAGACGCGACGUCAAAGUAUUACCCCAAGGCUGAGCUUUUCCGAUGGAGACCAGGGGGAGUGAAACUCAGCUCCGAUGACUGUCUAUUUUUCUGCCAUUAAACUGAUACGCUAAGAUGUGUCUCUCCCCGGUCAACAUGCUCUGAGUUGGCGAAGUCAUCACGUCGUAGCUAUCUAGUAAUACCACCAGAAGGUGUUUUGUAAUUUGUUACCUUUAUAUCAAUAUUUAUAAAAGGAAAAAAAAAGAAAAAACAUUAAAAAAAAAAAAAAAACUUGCAUCGACUUGGGGACUUAAGUCAUCCUUUUGAAACGAUUCCAAUACACAUCGAUACUAAAUAUUUACUCAAAGAAGCACCAAGAGAAGAAACUUGCAUCGAUUUCUAUAUAUGUUUUGUUGCACUGGUUUCCUUCCUCGAUCGCCAAUUAUUUUGAUUCCUGCAUGAAAAGUCCUGUGGAAAGUCUUGGACAGCAGUAUGCCGAGGAGAAAGCAGCAAGCGCCCAGGCGGUCGGCAGCUUACGUGCCUGAGGAUGAGCUCAAGGCAGCCAAGAUCGAUGACGAGCACCUGCAGGAUGACGGCCUGUCCCUAGAUGGCCAGGAUGGCGAGUUCCUCUGCAACGAGGAGGAAGAGGGCAAGGAGCAGCCCAGCUACCAGAACUCCCCCCUCAGUAACACCACGAACCCGGAUGCGGGGUACGGCUCGCCACUCAGCGACACCAGUGAUCAGCUGGCAGACUUCAGAAGCACCUCCUCCAAGGAGGGUCAGGACAAGGAGGAUGCUGGGGUUACGGACAGUGACCUCACACUGCAGGACAGCCUGGCGCAGAUGAAAGCCGUCUAUGCAAACCUGAUCUCAGACAGCACCUGGUCCAGCAUCACCAUGGACAUUAUGAAAAGCAAGCAGGCCACCGGGGGCGGGGGAGGGGCAACAAGCACCCGUAAUGGGAGCAGCAACAUCAUCAACAGCCUUGUCGAGAGCAGCACUGCCGGUGCCAUCAGCAGUAGCAGUGGCCCCACCACCAAUGUCCACACCAACACGAGCACCUCCACCUCUACCAGCAGCAGCAGCAGCAUUGGAGGCAACAGCAGCUCGAGCAAUGGUGGGGGCGUGACCUAUGACUGGCACCAAGCUGCUCUGGCCAAAACCCUGCAGCAUACCCCUUACCACCUUCUCCCUGAGCCAAGCCUCUUCAGCACCGUGCAGCUAUACCGGCAGAAUAACAAGCUGUAUGGCCCAGUGUUCACCGGGGCCAGCAAGUUUCGCUGCAAGGACUGUAGUGCAGCCUAUGACACACUGGUGGGUCUCACCGUCCACAUGAAUGAGACCGGCCACUACCGAGACGACAACAAGGACAAAGAGGACGACCAUGGCAAGAAAUGGUCCAAGCCUAGGAAGCGGUCACUGAUGGAGAUGGAGGGGAAGGAGGAUGCCCAGAAGGUGCUGAAGUGCAUGUACUGUGGCCACUCGUUUGAGUCUCUGCAAGACCUGAGCGUCCACAUGAUCAAAACAAAACACUACCAGAAAGUGCCUCUCAAAGAACCCAUGCCAGCGCUGGCCUCCAAGCUGGUUCCCUCUACCAAAAAGCGAGCCUUUCAGGAAUUGGUUUCCCCCUGCUCCCCAGAAUCUAUCAGCAGCACACCCGGAAUCCCAUUAGGUGACACUACAAAAGACCCCAAGGUGGCAAACCCUUAUGUGACUGCUAAUAAUCGCUACGGCUAUCAGAACGGGGCCAGUUAUACCUGGCAGUUUGAGGCACGUAAAGCCCAGAUACUGAAGUGUAUGGAGUGUGGAAGCUCACAUGACACACUGCAGCAGCUGACUGCCCAUAUGAUGGUCACUGGACAUUUUCUCAAAGUGACUAACUCUGCUUCAAAGAAGGGAAAGCAACUGGUUUUCGACCCGGUGAUAGAGGAAAAGAUACAGUCCAUCCCUCUGCCACCCACCACAACCAGACUACCCAUCUCUAGUAUUAAGUCCCAGCCAGAUUCUCCCAUACACUCCUCUGGUUCUGAGGACAAGAAGGAAGCAGAAGAAGAGAAAAUGGAGGUAUGUAUACCUGAAAAAGUGAUCAAAGAGGAAAAAGAGGACCCUAGCGAGAAGACUGAGACAAACCCUUCUUAUAAGUAUCUCAGAGAGGAAGAUUUGGAGGAGACUCCCAAAGGAGGAAUUGAUAUACUGAAGUCCCUUGAAAACACCGUGUCGAGUGCAAUCAGCAAGGCCCAGACCGGCACACCUACUUGGGGUGGAUAUCCCAGCAUCCAUGCGGCUUAUCAGCUCCAGGGCUCUGUGAAAUCCUCCCUGCCAGUCGUGCAGAGUGUCCAGGUGCAGCCUUCCUUCAACAGCAGUAUGAAAUCUCUGUCAUCUGACCUGAGUACUGCCAUCCACACCCCUGACAGUCCUUCCCCUCCACCCCACCACAGAAGCAAUGUCUCAGCCAUGGAGGAGUUGGUUGAAAAGGUCACAGGGAAAAUCUCAGUGAAGAAGGAAGACAAGACCUCCGACAAAUGCAAGCCUGUCUCUGCAAAGUCUCCCCUGCCAAUCGUGAAGGAGAAGAAGGAGUCACCCAAGCCUGAUGACCUCAGCGUCAAGCCGACUAGGAAUGGCAGUGCUAACAUUGAACUGGAACCCGUCAGCAAGCGAGAGCCCAAGGAUAGUCCGGUUGAUAAUGCUCUGAAGAAUGGCAUCGAUGGACUCAAAUCCUCAGUAAGCAAUGGUUGUAACACCUUGGGGAUCAUCACAGACCAUUCACCAGAACAGCCUUUUGUCAACCCUCUCAGCGCCUUGCAGUCCAUAAUGAACACUCACUUAGGCAAGGCGUUAAAACCUGUCAGCCCCCUCUUAGACCCUCUGGCAAUGUUGUACAAGAUCAGCAACAGCAUGACGGAAAAGCCAAUCUAUAAUCCAACUCAGGUUAAGCCAACAGAAUCCAUUAACCGAUAUUAUUAUGAGAACGAUGAGCAGCCCAUGGACUUGACAAAGUCCAAAAGCAGCAACAGUACAACUAUCAACAGUUCCUCCACAGCACCCACGAUCAACAGCAGCAAUAGCAACAACGGGAGCAGCAGCAGGCCAAUUCUCUCAAGUGUCUCUGAAUCCAUUUCAUCGCCUUUGAGGGAGAAUGCACUGAUGGACAUCUCCGAUAUGGUAAAGAACCUUACUGGCCGCCUGACGCCAAAGUCCUCCACCCCCUCCUCCGUCUCUGAGAGGUCAGACGCUGAAGGCAGCACCUUUGAGGAUGGUCUAGACGAGCUGUCCCCCGUCCAGAAGAGGAAAGGUAGACAGUCGAACUGGAACCCUCAACACCUCCUCAUCUUGCAAGCCCAGUUUGCCUCCAGCCUGCGGGAGACCCCAGAGGGCAAGUUCAUCAUGACUGACCUGGGACCUCAGGAGAGAGUGCACAUCUGCAAAUUCACAGGCCUAUCCAUGACAACUAUUUCUCAUUGGCUGGCUAAUGUAAAGUAUCAGCUGAGGCGGACAGGUGGGACCAAGUUCCUGAAGAAUAUUGACUCCGGUCAGCCGGUAUUCCUGUGCAACGACUGUGCAUCGCAGUUCAGAACUCCCUCCACCUACAUUAACCACUUAGAAUCACAUUUAGGGUUCAGCCUGAAGGACCUCUCCAAACUGUCCAUAGACCUCAUUAGGGAGCAACAGGCGGUUUCUAAAGUCAUAAGCGACAAGUCCUUUGGUGUCCUUGGCCUGACCGAGGAUGACAGUGGCUCCAUAUUCCAGUGCAAGCUGUGCAAUCGGACUUUUGUCAGCAAGCACGCAGUCAAACUGCAUCUCAGCAAAACCCACGGCAAGUCCCCGGAGGACCAUGUGAUCUAUGUCACUGAACUAGAAAAGCUGGAGAAACUCUAAGAACUGGGGUGGAGUGGCUGCGUAUGACUGAUUGAAUCGUUGCACUAAAUCACAGUACUGCACUGGGCCCGAGCUGAGCCUCUGAAAUCAGUCUUACUUUGGUUGUGAAACUGCCUAACUGGACCACACAUCCUCUUUCAUUUUUUUUUCAUUCUCCUUUGAUUUCUAACACUUACUUUGUAAUGUAUUUAUAUGAUGUUUUGUCCAAAUCGUGCAUGUAAUUUGUGAAUUUCACACUCAUUUUUCUUUUUUCAUGCUCUUCAAAAAUAACAGUUUCCAAGGCAAACAUGGAGAGAUGUGUAAAAUAAGUGAUGUGAAGACUCUAAAAUGAGCUGUACACAGGAAGAGCUUGGGUGAGCCUUUUUCAUGAAGACUGAAGUAGCAUUUCUGCACUUUAAGAAGUGUAAUGUUUUAUUUUGUAAAAAGCCUUUGUUCAAUGCGAAUCGCUUCAAUUCAGAUGAUCGCUUGUAAUGAUUAUUGUUAAUUUUAGCUUCAGACUUGACUGAAUUUAUUGGUAUUCUGUUACAUUUCAAUUCCAUUCAGUUUUGAGCUUUUAUGUGUACUAUAUUAUGAAAAAGACACAUUAACAUUGUAGAAAGAAAAGGAUAAUAUGCAUUUUGGCUCAGUACAGUGACUUCAAGAAGGACUAGUAUGCAAGUUUUGUUUUUAAUAUAUGUCAUUUUAAUUUCACUGUAAAUUAUCCCUUUAUAGUAAUUUGCAAAUAUAUGCUUUGGUACACAUUUAUCUUUCUAUAGUGUGCUGCUUCAGUUUCAACCUGUAAAAUCAAAAUUGAGAAUCAUUAUUAUAUACAUAAAUAUAUAUAAAUAUAUAAAUAUAUAAAUGAUCAAUCGCAUUGUCUAAAACUACAUCUGACAUAUCUUGCCAUUUGCAACAGCUCAGCACCCUUUGUACUGUGUGCAUUCCUGACCUUUUAUAUUGUCAUUUUAUAUAUAGAAAAGAAAACAAACGAUGUAUAUAAAUAUAUACUAUAGAGCCACAAGAUGUCCUUUUUGUUUCCAAUAAAAAGUAGGUCCUCAAGCCUGGUUUACAGAAAUGCAUUUAAAUAUGCGUGCAUCUGUUUUGAUGCAUGAUUCUA